AUGCGGUCAUUCACAUUGCCCAUCCUCUUUGCAGGCUCCGCCGCAGCACGAACUUUUAGCCUCGAAACCCGCGCCGAUGGCUGCAAGGAUGUUCACAUCUUCUUGGCCAAGGGAAACAACGAGCCCUACCCAGGACGUCAAGGAAAGCUUGUCAAUGCCAUCUGCGACGGUCUCCCCAGCUGCGACUACGAGGAUAUCCUGUUCAACAACCCCGGCGGCUCUGACUACUGUGUUGCUACCAACGAGGGCAUGGUCAAUGGAAAGGCCCAGGUUAUCGCCUACAAUGAGAAGUGCCCUGACUCGAAGUUGGUUCUCAGUGGAUUCUCUCAGGGUGGUGAUGUUGUGAGCAGUAUCCUGGCUGGAGGUGGCGGUGACAUCUUUGGAUGCACAUAUCCUGCCACCACUCCCCUCGGUGCUUCAUCCAAGGCCGGUAAGAAGAUUGCUGCUGCUAUGGUCUUUGGUGAUGUUCGCCAUACUGCUAACCAGCCCUGGAACGUCCUCGACGGUGCUUCUGGUCAAGGUGUUGUCCCCCGUACCCCCGAAAUGCUUGCUGAGCUCGCUCGAUAUGGAGCUACCUUCCGCGACUACUGCAACGCUGGCGAUGGUGUUUGCGGCGACGGCAAUAUUGUCGAUGAGCACUUGAACUACUUUGACAAGUACAGCAACAUCGCCGCUGAGUUUGUCCACGAGCGUCUCCGUGCCGUCUCUGGUCCUGCAUCCACCUCGAUAUCUGCCUCCUCCGCAGUCUCUACUAGCAAGACUCCCGGCGCCACCAACUCAGUAGCAUCCAGCACCUUCAGCCACCCCAACAAUUCCACCGUCACCACUGGCCACAACGCCGGAACUACUUCUGCCCCUGAUGUCUCGACCCUGACCGUCACCGAGGACUGCGAGUCAAAGGGCUCGACCUUCUUCGAGACCGUCACCCUCACCGCCAAGUGCCCCAUCUGCACCAAGAUCCCCGAGUACGCUACCGUCACCGACCUGUACGAAGGCCCGACCACCACCGGCACCCAGGGUGCGUUCGUCAGCAACGGCAACCACUUCCCCGUCCAGACCGGCACCGCUCAGCCCGGCAACGGCCCCAAGUGGACCACCUUCACCACCGCCGGUCACGUCACCACUGCCUACAUCCCCGGAGGUUCUGCCCAGCCUAGCUCCGGCCUUGGAGGCAAGCCUGGAAACUCGGACAGCAACGGCAGCGGCCCUGAGUCCCCUACCAAGCCUUCUUCCGCUUCUGGCAACUCGCCCGCUGCUCCCAGUGCUCCUGUGAGUGGCGCAGCUAACAUGGUUCCCCAUUUCACAGCCAUUGUUGCUCUUUUGGCCAUGAUGGCCUUCUAA